AUGGAAUCUAUAUUUUCUUCUCUCUUGGCAUCUUCUUUAUUAGUAGGAUUGCCAAGCAUCAUUAUAUUAUCUCUCAUUGAAGCGCUAAAGGUUGGUCCAAAGACACUAGAGGAGCUAGCAAACGUAACCAAAACCAACCAAAGACAUUUAAAUUCGCUACUGAACAAACUUUCAAACGACGGAUACUUUUUCUACAAUGAAGAGGAUCAGAAAUAUGAAAUCAACGCGAAUCUACCAAACAUACAAGAUUCAAUCUUUUACAACGAAAACAAAGAUUGUAUCUAUGGGUUGUUUCAACAUCCAUCACUUUCCAAGGCUUGGGGUUCAACACAAGACUUUUUAGACACACGUCAUCCUUCGUUGAACCAAAGCAAUUUUAUCAAUUUUAUCGAUGAAAAAGAUAGCUUCCUAAAGAAGAUAUUUGACAGUGCAAUGACUCAAAAGUCAGAGCUGCUCAAAGUACACUCAAAGAUCACCGGUUGUUUCAAUUUCUCGAAAUUCAAACAGAUCGUUGAACUCAAUGGUGGUUUCGGAUACUUGGGAUUUCAGAUUUUGAAAGAUCAUCCCAAUACCAGCGUCGUGAUAUUAGAGAUGGAGGAGACAAUCAAACACGGAUUGGAAAUUGCUACGAAUGACCCACAAAAGAAAGAACUUAUCGAUUGUAAUCAAAUUGUUUUCAAAUUGGGUGAUAUGUUCCAACCGAGAACGAUUCCGGAAGCCGAUGCCUAUCUACUUACAGAGGUGCUCAGUGUCUGGAGCAGACAUGACUGUAUGAAAAUUCUGCAAUCCAUAUCGAAUGUAAUGAGAAAAGAGAAAACACUUACAGGGAAAUCACCGUCGCUGAUUGUGAUUGAAUCGAUUUUGGACGACCAAAUUAGUAAGAAUCGCAACGACGAAAGUUUGGACCAACUCCAAGAAGAAGAGUCAACUUCACACUCCAUACCAAAGAUGGUUAUGGGUUCCAUAAUCUCAGUGGAAAAACGAUCACGAUUGGAAUGGGAUUUCUUAUUUAGAGACAGCGGUCUUUAUGUGAAUAACAUUAAAAAGAUGAACCAAACACCGUUCCUAACUCUCAUAGAGUUGACAGUAGUAAAUAAAUAA